AAAAUUACAUAUAUAUAUUUACUCUGGUUGCAAUGAACAUUCUCAGUAUGAGCCAUGCGUUCCACCUCAUCAUCAUACUUCAUGUUAGCAUUUCCCACCACUUGUCUAAAAUUGGACACCCUGGUGAGUGUGAGCCAGCCUACAACCGGCCCUCCCCUCCUCCCUCAGCCAAGUAACCCACUGGACAAAUAUAAACCUUUGUGUGAGUCUACAAUCAAAAGACAGUGAUUAUUCUCAUUUUAAAGGUGAAGGGGGAGUACGGCUCUUUCUAGAUGGUGGUUGCCAUGGAUUUCUCUCAAAAGGUUUUGGUAUAAUGGCACAUCCCACUUCUGAUGUCAGCGCUCGAGGAAGGGGGGGAAGAAGGAUUCGAGAGAGAAAGCGAGAGUCGAGGGAAAAGGAAAGGGAAGGAGGGAACGAGGGAGGGAGGGCGAGAGGAGGGGAGGCAGCCUGUUGCUCAUGAUUAUCAAAUAGCGUUCUCGUACUCCACAAGCCCAGUGCCUUUGCAUAGAUGGACCAGAGUUGAACGAGGUAGCAGCAGUGCCUGAAAACACACUUCAUAUUUUCCCUCAUGUACAUUCCUCUCAUCGCCUUCAGGCUUCUUCAGCAAACUAACAGCUGCAGAGGAACUGAUCUGAGAGCGCAGUGAGUAUGAAUUUUUUUGUUUGCUUGUUUUUAAACUUAAUGCUUGUUUUAUAGAAAAAAACAAACAAUACUCCUUAGUUGUAAGUGACACUUUAGGAGUUUUUCUUAUUCAUGUAUGUAAAUAGCUGCUUCCUCAGGCUUGAUAUUAUAACUGUGUGCACCAUGUGUCUACCUGUUAGUGUUUUUGUAGAUCACACUGAUGUGCUGUCAGUAUUUCUUUUAAAGUAACUUGAAGGGUCCAUCAGCAGUGUCCGUUGUAAUCAGACUGAGCUAAUUAAUGGUUUCCUGCGAAGUCCACUUUUCAUUAAACGAGGAAUUAUCUGUCUCGAACAGAUGACCGAGACUUGCAUGCCCGAUGCGCUGCAUGUACGCCAUGGUAACAAGGGUGCAGCAGCAUGACACUGUAUGAUGUGUAAACAUUUACUGAGACAGGGUUCGAUGCAGAGACAGAUUUUGUCUGCCAUGCUCUCUGAGCAGGGACAUACAUUUGAUAUAUAUAUAUAUUAUCUUUGCAGUGUCCUUAGACAUUAAAAACACUUUUCAAAAUCUAAUUUUAAGUUGAAAAUUGAUGCAAGAGAAACUUUUGAACGUGGGAACAACUUCAAGUCCUCAAACAGCGUAUCACAGCUUAUGUUUCUGUCAGUGAAUCCAUAUGAGAUCAGUUCAAACACAGCACAUGGUUUCAUUCUGAAGAUGAUUUUAGAUAAUGGCCCAUAAUGUGAUUAGGAGUCCGCAAUGCAAAUCCCUCUUUGGAGACCUUGGAGCAGUGAUAUAUGAUAUGUAAUCCAUCAUCCUCUCUCCCUCCACCAGGUAAUUGUGACUCUAAUGAGAUGAACUAAUGACUUUUCCUAUUCUAAUAACUAAUAGUGGCUCUCUGAUUCUACUCCACAAAAAAGAUCCAUAAAGUAAUUAUAGUAUGCUUCUCAGGUGCUUUUAUGUUUAAGGUGCCUGAGCGACAUAGCCUCUGGUGUCACCGGAGCAAAAUCCUGAUCUGCUGUUUCCCUGAGCACCAGUGGGUACCCAAAGAGAUCUGCAGGCAGUCUCGGACUCAAUACAAAUCGGGCGAUGGAUGUGCUUUGAAAGUGUGACAGUGUGUUGAUGGGAGGUUGAGCACAGGGAUGUGAGCGCACCAGUAAAGAUGACCCUGCUGGCGGGUGAUGGCUCUGACUAUGACUACAGUGCCCUGAGCUGUGCCUCUGAUAACUCCCUCAACCCUCCCCUCCAACAAGAGAAGGAGGCUCACAAGGGAGCCUUCUAUAAAAGGGCGCAGCCUGCCCCUGACCUCAGCACCAUCCACGAUAACACACUCCUGUCCAGUGCCCGUAAACUCCAUGCCAUUAUCAACGUGGGUGGCCUGCGUUACCAGCUGCCUUGGACCACCUUAGAGGACUUCCCCUUGUCUCGUCUGGGCCAGCUGCACCUCUGCAGCAGCUUCGAUGAGAUUAUGCGCAUCUGUGACGACUAUGAUGUCACACACAACGAGUUCUUCUUUGACCGCAGCCCCUGCGCCUUCCGUAACAUCCUGACCUUUCUGCGGGCGGGCAAACUGCGGUCCCUCAGGGAGAUGUGCGCCCUCUCCUUCAGAGAGGAGCUGCUAUACUGGGGGGUUCCAGAGGAGAGCCUGGAGUGGUGCUGUCGCAGGCGUCUGCUGCAGCGCAUGGAGGAGUUUGAAGCCAUGGAGAGAGCAGAGGAGGAGGAAGAACUCCUGGAGGAUCUGCUGGAUUCAGACAGUGGCCAAAGGGGACGCGUGGCUGACUCUAGACUCAGUCGGUGCAUGGCUAAGCUGAGGGACAUGGUGGAGAGGCCUCACUCUGGCCUCCCAGGGAAGAUCUUUGCUUGUUUGUCCGUGCUGUUUGUCACCAUCACUGCCAUCAACUUAUCCAUCAGCACCAUGCCGGCCAUGAGGGAGGAGGAGGAGUCGGGGACCUGUUCCCAGAUGUGCUAUAAUAUCUUCAUUGUGGAGACUGUGUGUGUAGCCUGGUUCUCCCUGGAGUUCACCCUGCGCUUCAUCCAAGAUCGCAGCAAGCUGACUUUCCUCAGACAGCCCCUGAACCUGAUUGAUGUGGUAGCAAUCCUGCCGUACUACAUCACACUAGUGGUGGACAGCACUUCCAAAGGAGAGAAGAGGCUGGGCUCAGGCAACACCUACUUGGACAAAGUGGGCUUGGUGCUGCGUGUGCUGAGGGCCCUGCGUAUCCUCUAUGUGAUGCGGUUAGCUCGCCAUUCCCUGGGCCUGCAAACUCUAGGCCUGACAGCACGCCGCUGCACACGGGAGUUUGGACUGCUACUCCUUUUCCUGUGUGUGGCGAUCGCACUAUACUCCCCCCUGCUGUACUUGAUUGAGAAUGAAAUGGCCACCACACAGGAAUUCACAAGCAUCCCUGCUACCUACUGGUGGGCUGUCAUCACCAUGACAACAGUGGGCUAUGGGGAUAUGGUGCCAAGGAGCAUCCCAGGUCAGGUGGUGGCUCUGAGCAGCAUCCUAAGUGGCAUCCUCCUCAUGGCCUUUCCCGUCACCUCCAUCUUCCACACAUUCUCACGCUCCUACGUGGAGCUGAAGCAGGAGCAGCAGAGGCUCCUGCAGAGGAGGACACACUUUCUGCUGCGGAGCCGCAUGGCCGGGCUAGGCAGCAACCUGUCCUUAGAGAGUGACAUGCUCUUUCCUAUAGGGUCGUCUGACACGAGAGAAAUGGAUGACUGAGACUGCAGGACAACUGAGGACAUGAGAGAGCGGGUCUAGAAUAGAAACCAAGGAUGAAGGAGGUAACGCAUGGGAUUGAAUGUGUAACCAAGACAGGAAGAGAGGCUGACAUUUGAUGGAUUGGCUGGUUGAAAGGGGUGUCAAAAGUGAGACACAGAAGAGACAGAGAUUAUUUUUUCUUCCCAAAAAUGCAGCUUGAUUUGUAGCAGUAUACACUUAAAGAAAAUGAUGAAGAGAUGAGAGAAAAAAUAAGAACAGCAAAAAAGGAUCUCUUUAUUGAACGCAUAUAAGAGCAAACAUAAAUCCAGCUGACAAAAAAGAUAAAAUACGCAUAAACCUCGAGCUUACCAGUGACCUGUAGUGUUAAAAACAGUCAUAUUCUAAAACAUGUGUUUAUGAACAGAAGACAUGCCUGAAGAGCACAGUCACAGCUUCACAUCAUUCAACAGCAUUGUGAUGUUUCUUUAUCUCUGGUUUCAGUGGAUUUGGUGAUGUUGUGUGCUCUCGGGACAGUGCCAGUUAACUGAAGAUGCUGUUUGCUUUUGUUAAGUCCCAAAGGUAUAAAUUUCCUUCCCAACUAAAAUUUGACCCUUGAUCAACUCAUUAUUUUCUAACUGCUUUGAAAACAUUCAAACUUAUGUCGGGGUUCCUUAAUAAUACUGUGGCACAGCCAGCAUCUACACAUUACUUAUGAUGUCCUAACUGUCCUUCUUCUACACUUUGGGGUUCAUAUGCAAUUUUUGAACACGUUCUGGAAAUAGCAUUAUUGUUCUUGUAAUUACUGCAUUUGCUGUGCAUAGCUGUUUAUAAACUAUAUCUCACUUUAAAUUGGA